CCGACACUCACAGAAAAGCCUCUGCCCUCUACUGUCAUUCAUCUACCUUUGUUCAGUCACCUAAAUCAAGAAAGCAGCGGAAAAGAAAUGUCUCUUCCGAUUAUGGCAAUCUCAUCUUCUUCUCCUGCUCAAGAAACAAGCCACGUCCCCGAACGCCGAUCAGCAAAUUUUCCUCCAAGCACAUGGAGGGAUUAUUUUCUCAAAUAUGCUUCUGACUCCAACUCGAUGAUUUCUCCUACCAAAUCAGAUGACCGAAUUGAGAAAUUGAAAGGAGAAGUGAGGAAGAUGUUGACAGAUGCUAUCGAUAAACCUUCGCAAAAGUUGAACUUGAUUGAUCAAAUCCAACGUGUAGGAAUUGCCUACCAUUUUGAAAUUGAGAUAAAUCAGCAGCUUGAACAAAUCCACGACAGCUAUUUUAAUUUUCACAACAGCAACAAGGACAGUCACCUACACACAAUCGCUCUUCUCUUUCGAUUGUUGCGACAACAAGGUUACACAAUUUCAUGUGAAAUUUUUAACAAGUUCAAGGACAGCAAUGGGAAUUUCAGUGAAUCACUCAUCGCUGAUGUGCAGGGACUACUAAGUCUUUUUGAAGCUUGCCAUACAAGGUUUCAUGGCGAUGAUGUUUUGAAUGAUGCACUUGCUUUUACUAUGACUCACCUCAAGUCGAUUGAUGAAGGAAAAGCAAGCCCUAACCUCAAAAAACAAGUGAGUCAUGCCCUAAACCAACCAAUCCACAAGGGAAUACCAAGGCUAGAGGCAAGGCAUUACAUUCCACUCUACCAAGAGGAGCCUUCGCAUAAUGAAGUCUUGCUAGCCUUAGCUAAACUUGAUUUCAACUUAUUGCAAGAGCAACACCAGAAGGAACUUGGCAACCUUACAAGGUGGUGGAAGAAUUUAGAUGUAGAAAGGAAGUUCCCAUUUGCGAGAGAUAGGCUGGUGGAGAUGUAUCUCUGGAUGUCAAUAAUUUAUUUUGAGUCGGACUAUGAAGCCGCCAGGAAAAUACUCACCAAAGUGGCCAGCAUGGUUUCCAUUAUCGACGACAUCUAUGAUGUCCAUGGCACGUUGGAAGAACUAAGACUCUUCACAGAAGCAAUCGAAAGUUGGGACGUCAAGGCCAAAGAAGGAUUACCAGAGUACAUGCAAGCGUGUUACAAGACAGUUCUUGAUUUGUAUGAUGAAAUUGGUUAUGAGGUGACUAGAAAAGGACGAUCAUACCGACUCUUCUAUGCAAAAGAAGCAAUGAAAAACCAAGUGAGAGCGUACUUCGCUGAAGCCAAAUGGUUCCACCAAAACUACGUACCAACGAUGGAGGAGUACAUGCCCAUUGCAUUAGCAACCGCUGCUAUUGAAUUGCUAUUGGUGACGUUGUUGCUGGGAAUGGAAGAUUUUGUAACAAAAGAUGCUUUUGACUGGUUGUUAUAUGGCAACUCGAAGAUGGUGAAGGCUGUGAAAUUAGUCGGUCGACUCAUGGAUGACAUCGCCGGACACAAGUUUGAGCAAGAGAGAGGUCAUGGGCCAUCUUCAGUGGAGUGUUUCAUGAAACAAUACGAAGUUACGGAGGAAGAGGCUAAGGAGGAACUCCGUAAACAAGUGGCCGAUGCAUGGAAGGACAUUAACGAAGGGUUGCGCUGUCCGACCAUCGUCCCUAGGCCACUCCUUGUGCGAAUUCUCAAUUUUGCACGAGCUAUGCAUGUGGUGUAUAAAGAUGAGAUAGAUAUCUACACUCAUGCUGGAACCAAGUUAGAAGAGCACGUGACUUCUCUAUACGUCAAUCCAUUGCCAAUGUGAUGGUUUGGAAGAACAAGUUUAAUUACCAAGCCAUCGUAGAUUGCAUUAAACAAUUUUCAAAUCUGCUCUGUGUGUAAUUUUAAUUUCUGUGUCAACCCCAAAUAUUACUCUUCUCUAGCUUGAGCGCUCCCUUUUUCUGUGGAUAUCGAAUGAAAUAAAAUAACGAGUCUGUAAAAAUGUGAUAUUGGAAUAUACUAAUGUUCUAUA